AUGGUUUACCUAUGGUUGUGGAAGAAUCCAUCAAAUUCCAUAAAAAGUCAGUGUGAAGUCAGUAGUGCGACUGUUUGCUCAUUUUUGGACUAUUUUCGUCAACAUGUGGUAGAUGCCUUAGAAACCGAAGAAUAUGUUAUCGGUGGAGAAGGCAUCGUUGUGGAAAUAGAUGAAACCAAAAUGGGCAAAAGGAAGUACAAUAGAGAGCACCCCGUAGAUGAAGUCUGGGUUAUAGACGGUGUGGAAAAGACAUAG